AUGCGAUCCGCUUCGUGUACACCUCAGCAGAAGGCAUGGUUCCUCAUCGGCUACUUGGAUGGCGCAGCACGAGAGAAAGUCGAGGAGCUCCCCCUAGAGGAUCGCGAGAGCUACGAAGCCAUCGUCGCCCACCUCAGGAAGUCGUUCGAAGGACCUCAGCACAGGUACAUGGCGCGGCAAGCCCUGUCUGCUUGUAAGCAACAAACAGGUGAAUCUUCUGCUGCAUUUGCUAACCGUCUGCUCACUUUGGUCCGUGCAGCCACCACAGAACAGGACCCAGCUACGCAGAAGGAGGAGUGUCUUGGAGGAGGUUGUCUCACGCCUUCGUCCAGAUAUCAGAGGCAGCGCAACGGUGGCUACUCUCGAGACGCUCAAGGAGGACCUACUCAACCCUGCUACAACUGUGGAGGCACCGGACAUUUCGCUCGGCAAAGCCCAUCGCCACGGAACCAGCGCAGGCCUACAGGUACCCCUUCCUAUAAUGUGCGUUCUCGUCCGCUUGACCGUCAUUUGCCUCAUUCUUCUCCAUCAUCUGAGCUAUAUCCAGCUCGUCGUGAUCAGUCUCACGACCUUUUGGAAGCCCGCGAACAAAUUCGAGCUCUCUCUGUUUCUCUGCGCGAAAACCAAUCAGCGUUAGAGCGAUUUGAAGCGAGAGCACAUGCUCUCAUUAAACGUAACGAAGAAUUAGCUCAGAGUUCUUUUGGCGGUUUGCCUUCUUCUUCCUCUAGAUCUGGUUCGACCCACUUGCCUCAAGUCAAGUUUCUAUUGCCGCUGGUGGCACUCCACGUUUUGCGGGAGCACUAUAGCUCUCCCAAUGUCCGCGUGGCUCUGCUCGCAGGAUUCAUCGGACACGUUUAUGAGAAUUCCAUCCAUCUUCAUACAAUUGCUCGUAUAUUAGUCCUCGCCUCGGUGAUAUUCCUCGUCCUCUCUCUCUAUGUAUAUCGCCCAAAUACGGAACGUUAUGAUACAUCUGCGUUCCUUUGGUUCUUCAAACGUAGUAGCAGCGCCUUACCCCGAGUAGUCGACAAGAAGGUUCGAUUCGAGGACAAUACCCCCGAUACAGACGAUAUCGUGGAGUUCCCGAGAUCCAAGACCGUACCAUUCCGGAGUACGCCGCGACUCGUUGGUCCGGAGAAGCUCAAAGAUUUUUGGCGCUUCAUUCAAGUCCCUCAACUGGCGGCCAUUUUAAUUGGCGCAAAACGCUGGCCAAGAUAUCACGUAAGUAUUUCUGGCCUCAGAUGGCGGAGGACAUCUUUGCUUUGGUUCGCUCAUGUGAACAAUGCUAAGGGAGAGGAUCUUUCUGAGGUUGGACGUUUGCUGCGCAUCAGCUGCUAUUUCACGACACCUUAUCAUCACGAAGGCAACGGAGCAUGCGAACGAGUGUUCGCCACCUUUCAUCCGAUGCUUCGCACCUAUAUAGCUGAGAAUCAACGCGAUUGGGACAGCUACGUUAAAGCUUGCGCAUUCAUGUACAAUACCUCAGUUCACACCAGCACUAAUAAUACUCCGUAUUUUUUAAUGUUCGGCAGGGACCCGGUAUUCAAUAUUGACCUGCUUAUCAAACAUGAUUUGGAGCGUCACACCCCCUCUUUGGACGACGCCGGGCUCUACGUCGAAAAUUUGGUAGCCACUCUUCACGCCGCCUGGCGCUCCGCCAAGGACUUCAACGAUCGCCAGCGGGCGAAGUAUAAGCAGCAGCAUGAUCGUACUCACCUUCGCCCCCUAGAUAUCCGCGUCGGCGAUCGCGUUUUCUUGCGCGACCUGGCUCCGAAGGUAGGGCUAUCAUCCAAGCUCUGCAAUCCUUGGCUGGGGCAGUUCCGUGUUGUGGAAGUCGACCCCCCUCAUCUUACCAUCGUCAGCGUUUCGGCUCCGCAAUCGUCACCCCGACGAGCGCACAUAAACCAGGUCAAGCGCUGCUACGAGCUCUCUGGUCCAGUAUUCACCUCGCAAUGGACCCCAGUCGAAGAACAGGCGGCACUGUCCGCCGCCGGCGCUACGGAAUUAACUAUGCCUGGUUACUCUCAUCAGAUCACGGCGCACUUCUCUAUGACCGCCAUGGACAGUGCGCCACCUCAUCCGGUAGCAUCGGAUCAAUCAGAUCAGUCAGCCCUUGACAGCAACGAUGCGAUAGAUUCUUCUUCCUUCGCUCUGCAAGAGCUCGACCUAUUGGAGGAUGCUCUUCUCGCUCCCCGCCAGAGCCAGCGGCGACGAUGA